GUAGAGUCAUGGAGCAGUGGGCAGACAAAGAUUGGAAUCAAUGGUUUUGGUCGAAUUGGAAGGUUGGUUUUACGAGUAGCAACCUCUAGGGAUGAUAUUGAUGUGGUAGCAGUCAAUGAUCCAUUUGUUGAUGCCAAAUACAUGGCUUACAUGUUCAAGUAUGAUUCUACUCAUGGAGUUUUCAAGGGAACCAUCAAGGUAUUGGAUGAGUCCACUUUGGAAAUCAAUGGCAAGCAGAUAAAAGUUACAAGCAAAAGGGACCCAUCAGAAAUCCCUUGGGGUGAUUAUGGGAUUGAUUAUGUUGUCGAAUCUUCUGGAGUUUUCACAACAACCGAGAAGGCUUCUGCACACAUAAAGGGUGGUGCCAAGAAAGUGGUAAUUUCAGCUCCAUCAGCUGAUGCACCGAUGUUUGUGGUAGGAGUAAAUGAGACUUCAUACAAGCCAAGCAUGAAUAUUGUUUCUAAUGCAAGCUGUACCACCAAUUGCCUUGCUCCUCUUGCCAAGGUUGUUCAUGAGGAAUUUGGUAUCAUUGAAGGUUUAAUGACAACUGUGCAUGCCACUACAGCCACACAGAAGACCGUGGAUGGGCCUUCAAUGAAGGAUUGGCGAGGGGGCCGAGGUGCUUCACAAAAUAAUCCAAGCUCCACUGGUGCUGCAAAGGCUGUUGGAAAAGUCCUUCCAGAACUCAACGGAAAGCUCACUGGAAUGGCCUUCCGUGUCCCAACACCUAAUGUCUCUGUUGUGGACUUAACUUGUCGACUUAAGAAGAGUGCUACAUAUGAAGAUGUCAAAGCAGCCGUAAAGUAUUCCUCAGAGGGGCCAUUGAAGGGUAUUCUUGGAUACACGGAUGAGGAUGUUGUCUCCAAUGAUUUUGUUGGUGACUCAAGGUCAAGUAUAUUUGAUGCAAAGGCCGGGAUAGGGCUGAGUGCUUCCUUCAUGAAGCUCGUUGCAUGGUAUGACAACGAAUGGGGAUACAGCAACCGAGUGCUGGACCUCAUAGAGCACAUGGCAUUGGUGGCGGCCAACAAAUGAGAACAAGAAACUAGUAGAGGUUUGCCAAACCUGCAUCUUCUCCAAUUUUUAUGCCUGCAAUGAAUGUGCUUGAAAGAGUAGUAGUUCAUAGGUGAUUUGGCGAAACUAUGAAAUAAUGAAUGAGAUUUGAACAUUAACCUGUAUGAGUUGAUGGAUAAGUGGUAUUUUUUCUUGAUUGGUGGUAUCUUUUUGAUACAAAUUAAGGUAUAAAGCAAUAGGACCUAGUUGGAUAAGUGGUAUGCGAUAGGGACCUAGUUGGAUUAGUGGUAUUUCUUCUUGAUUGGUAUCGCAUCCAAACCCAAGAUAUUGAUGCGAUAUUUAAGUGCAAUGUUUUUAUUUUAUGCUUGAAAGGUAAAUGUGCAAGUCUCUUACUUCGAUUAUAGUA